AUGAGCUACCCCCCAGGCCAUCCACAACUGGGGGCCACCUUUGUGCCUGGCGGCUUCGAUGACUACUACAUGCCCGGUCGCUCGCCGGAGGUCAUCUCGCCAGCGCCCCAGCGGCUCUUGCGCCGUAGCAUAAUGCCCGAAGUGCCCGAGAACAUGCAGGACAAUCUCGCCCACCUCGAGCUGGAAGCCAACGGCCCUCGCAGCAUGAACGGCACCAUGUCGCCCACCCAGGGCUACGACCAGCAGUCGCAAGCCCUCCCGGCGCGACACUCAAGCUACUCCCACGAAUUGCCCGCGCCCGAACAGCAGCAGCCGUCCCGACACCCCAGCAUCUCCUCCGCCUUCCGCCAGCCGCCCAAUGUACCGCCGCAAUCGGUACAGCAACAAGGACCGUCGCACGACUACAAUCAGUUUGCGCAACAACACGAGACCCCCAACUUCUCGCCCUUCCCCAAGCUCACAAACAAGCCGCCCAAUGUGCCUCCCUCGGACGAUGAAAAGGAGGCUGUUUUGGAGAAUGCCCGGCUGCCGGUGCUCAACUCCAAUGACCCGGAGAUGCAGCUGGCCUGGGCGCAGGAUGCGCUGCAGUACGUCGACGCCGCGCAGUUGCACGAACAGCGAAUCGCUGAGAUCCAAGGCGCGAGGCCAGCGACGCCGCAGGUCGAGCACCAGCUGCGCGUCGAUGCGAUGAAUGUGGUGACUUUCCUGGCAGACCAGGGUCACCCCAAAGCCACCUUCAUGAGGGGCAUGUGGCUCGAAUUUGGGAAAUUCGGCAUGCGCGUCGACAAGAAAGAGGCGUUUCGCUGCUACUCGCGCGCCGCAGCAAAGGGCUAUGCGAGAGCAGAGUACCGCAUGGGAAUGCAAUUCGAGCAGUCGAACGACCCCAUCAAGGCUUUGCAGAAUUACAAGGCCGGCGCAGAGCAGGGCGACUCGGCAUCCAACUACCGCUUGGGCAUGAUGACUUUGCUUGGUCAACAUGGACAGCUGCAGGAUUUCGCAAAAGGCGUUCAGCUCAUACGACAAGCCGCGGCCACUGCAGACGAGAACGCUCCCCAGGGCGCAUACGUCCUCGGUAUGCUUCAAGCGAGAGAGCUACCCCAAAUCAAUGUUCCAGAAGUAUACCUGCCCUACGACGAGAAAGCUGCAAGACAGAACAUUGAGAAGGCUGCCUACCUUGGUUUCGCGAAAGCUCAGCUGAAGAUGGGGUCCGCGUACGAACUCUGCAGCUUGGGUUGUGAGUUCAACCCCACACUCUCGCUCCAUUACAACGCGCUCGCGUCUCGACAAGGCGAACCAGAGGCAGAUAUGGCCAUUAGCAAGUGGUUUUUGUGUGGUCACGAAGGUGAAUUUCCAAAGAAUGAGGAGUUGGCCUACCAGUACGCACUGCGAGCAGCCACUGCGGGUCUCGCUACAGCCGAGUUCGCCAUGGGCUACUUCAACGAGAUCGGCAUGAACACUCCAGUGAAUAUCGAAAAAGCAUUGGAGUGGUAUGAGAAGGCUGAGAAGAACGGCAACAAGGAUGCGUCCGCGCGCAUAGAGAGUAUUUCCAAGCUGUCACGCACUCUUUCAAAAAAGGACCACGAAAAAGUUGCAAUUGGCAUGAUCAAGUCAAAGCACGGUUCGAUGCGAGGGCAGCGGCCGGCGAGGCUUCAGAAACCCCAAGUGCCGACGCUGGCUUCAAUCAACGAUACCACUCCUUCAGACUACGGAUCGAAUGCCUCGCCUACUACACCAGGAGGCCGGUUCCCAGGCCGUGGUGAUUCAACGACUCCUUAUCCCAUCUCUGAUCAACCUCCAGUACUUGGUAAUCCAUCAAUGUCGUCUGCACCUUACGAGCGCCCUGUUUCGGCAGCACCGUAUCCUAUGGACAAUGGACCUCCGCGAAUUGCUCCACAGCGACCUGUUAUGGCUGGUGGAUUUGCCCCUGAGCUGCGAGCCGCGAGCGUCCGUCCCCCUUCGUCCUCUUCGUCAUCAGCCUUCAGCAUUAAUCCCCAGAUAUUCCCUCCCAACGACCCGUACGGCCGUGGCGGACCUCGACCUGGCGCUGAUAUGGGCCCGCUACCCAUGCGUCCUCAUACUAGUGUUGAUAGUAUGGGUCCUGGAAGAGGGGGGCGUAUGUCCAGCGGUGGCCGUGGGGCGCUUCUACCACCAGUUGGAGCAGCCGGCUACCGACAGCCUGGUGGACCCAGUGCGCAGCGUCCUGAACCACAGAAUCGUCCAUCUACAACGCAGCCUCCCGAUAUUGGCUUCAGUGCACCUGAAUCUGGAAGGCAUAAGCUGCAAAAGCAACCGAACAAACAGCCGACACUGCCUGACAUUGGUUAUGUUGCGCCGCUGGAGCCACGGCAACAUACGCGGCCUUCGACUGUACAGCCCGGUCAAGAAAGCAGGACGUCCUCACGAAUGGAUCGGCCAUCGCCCUCUUCGAGACCAGGCUCAGCCGGUCGUCAAUCUGGCUACGACUCUGCGCCAAAGCCCAACAGAGUACAGACCUUGCAACAGCAACAGCAACCGGCUCCUAAACCAGCGCCUGCCCAGUCAGGCAAACCCUCUACACCAGCUCAGCCCGCGAAGCCGGCAGCUCCAUCAUCUGCUUCCUCUACGCCAGGCAAAGGUCCGAAGACGUUCGAUGAAAUGGGCAUCGGCCAGGCGCCCAAAGAUAGCGAUUGUACUGUCAUGUAA